AUGUCGACCGCUCCUCUCUCCGGCUUUUUCCUCACCUCUCUUUCUCCUUCUCAAUCUUCUCUCCAAAAGCUCUCUCUUCGUUCUUCUCCCACCGUCGCUUGCCUCCCUUCUUCCUCUUCCUCCUCCUCUUCCCGUUCCGUUCCUACCCUUAUCCGUAACGAGCCCGUUUUUGCUGCUCCUGCUCCUAUCAUCAACCCUUACUGGAGCGAAGAGAUGGGAACCGAAUCAUACCAAGAGGCCAUUGAAGCUCUCCAGAAGCUUCUCAUCGAGAAGGAAGAGCUAAAGACUGUUGCGGCGGCUAAGGUGGAACAGAUCACGGCAGAGCUUCAGACAGGAACUUCGUCCGACAAGAAAGCUUUCGACCCCGUCGAUACCAUUAAGCAAGGCUUCAUCACUUUCAAGAAGGAGAAAUACGAAACCAACCCUGCUUUGCACGCUGAGCUCGCCAAGGGUCAAAGUCCUAAGUUCAUGGUGUUUGCUUGUUCGGACUCACGUGUGUGUCCAUCACACGUUCUCAACUUUCAGCCAGGAGAUGCGUUCGUGGUCCGUAACAUAGCCAACAUGGUUCCUCCUUUUGACAAGGUCAAAUACGGUGGAGUUGGAGCAGCCAUUGAAUACGCUGUCUUGCACCUUAAGGUGGAGAACAUUGUGGUGAUAGGACACAGUGCAUGUGGUGGAAUCAAAGGACUUAUGUCUUUCGCCUUAGAUGGAAAUAACUCCACUGAUUUCAUAGAGGACUGGGUCAAAAUCUGUUUACCAGCCAAGUCAAAGGUCAUAUCAGAACUUGGAGAUUCAGCCUUUGAAGACCAAUGUGGCCGAUGUGAAAGGGAGGCAGUGAAUGUUUCACUAGCAAACUUGUUGACUUAUCCUUUUGUGAGAGAAGGACUUGUGAAGGGAACACUUGCACUGAAAGGAGGCUACUAUGACUUCAUUAAGGGUGCUUUUGAGCUUUGGGGACUUGAAUUUGGCCUCUCCGAAACUAGCUCUGUUAAAGAUGUGGCUACCAUACUACAUUGGAAGCUGUAG